CGUCGGGAGACUGGAGAUGUUGCCAGACGUCCUCACAGGUUGAGCUUCAUCCUCCUCCACAACGACGGAUCUUCUUCAUUUCACGGUGCCCGUUUCUACCUCCGCUGCCGCGGCCGCGGUGUAGCAACGAGCCGCACGGAGGGAGCAGAAGCCAUAAGAUGAAGAAACGUUACGUGGACGCGAGCAGGCUACGGAAAAUGAAAAAAAUGAAGAUAACGGAGAGGCUGUCUGAAAGUGCGUACACCUUCCUGAAGUUUAUGAUGAUGUGGACGUUGGUGCUGCUGGCAGAUUUCUUGCUUGAAUUCAGACUGGAGUACCUGUGGCCAUGCUGGCUCUUCUUUGGCAGUGUGUACACCACUUUCCACUGCCACGGGCUGGUUAUUUGUGUUGUUUUUGUCUGUGCUGCCUUCACUCUGGACAUCUUUUGUUUAAUUUUUGUGCCUUUGCACUGGCUAUUCUUUGUGGCAAGCACCUAUGUGUUAUUCAAUUACAUCUGGCAUACAGAGAAAGGCAUCUGCAUCUCGACGGUGUCCCUGUGGAUUCUGUUUGUGUACACAGAGGCUUCCCUUCGACUCAAAGACCUUAAAACCUCUCAUGCCAACCUGUCUCAUUUUUUUGCUGCACACUGCAUCGGAUAUCCUGUCGUGUAUUUGGGGUUUGAUGCCACCUGCUACUUCACCAACAUCUUCAAGCUGCGCAUACAGAAAGCUGUUCAGAGUGAGAAUGACUUCCACAUGCACCUCCUGCAGCAUUCGCUGCCUCCGGCCCUGCAGGUCUACCCCAAGACCGCCACCGAGGGCAGCAGCAGCUCAAAAUGGAAGAUGAAGCCCGAGUCGACUCAGUAUCAAUGUCAGAACGACGGCACUGCCGUGGCCCAUGAUGAGGUGCACACUGUGGACUGCCUCCAGAUCCACAGUGAGGACAGACCGACCGAGAAGGGAUCACAGGAGGUGAGGUCAGCUGAAUCAAACCGGCGGCCGGUAUCAACCAAACCUGCCGAGUCCAGAGAUCUGCUCCACUGCGGGGCAGGAGGACAAGAAUCCUCCGCAGCCCCCGAAAAUCUACCUCAAGAUGAGCAAGGCAGCAAAGCCACGCGAGCGGCCAAAGGCUCCUCUCCAAAAGCCCGCAGGAGCAGCACAAACACCCCUUCACCGCCUGCAGGAAGGACUGAGAAGAAGCAGAGAACCAGCUCAAAAACGUUCUGCCUCAACCAGGACACGGCCGAGAAGAACGCCACCGCAGCGCAGCAUCACCACGCUGAGCAGAUGACCAAGCUGGAGCAGGAGCUGAGGAGGCUGAAGGGCGAGCUGCAGGUGAGCAGGCAGAGCGAGCAGGAGCUGCGAAGCCACAUCUGCAACUUGACGAACAGCGAGAGGAGCCUGAGACCGGAGGUCUCCCUGCUCAGACAGUCCAAUAUGCUUCUCCAGAGCAAGAUUCUGUGUCUGACUAAAACCAAGCAACGGGACAAACAGAGCAGUGCGAUGCUGGAGAAGAAGACCAGAGCGGAGACGGAGGCCAGACUCUCCGUAGAGAAACAGUUGGCUGAGCUUCAGGCUCAGAAACUGGAGGAAGCAGCCAUCACAGCACGCAGUCUCACAAACAGGCAGGAACACUGUGAAACCCAAAUGUUGAGGAAGAGAGUUAAAGAUCUAGAGACAGAGUACAAACAACUACAGCUGGAGUGUCAAGUGAAAGAGAGUCGCGUGCUAGAUCUAGAGAAUGAUGUUGAGGCUCUGGGAAUGUACCGCUGUGUGGCGAGAGAGACCGACAUGCUGCUGUCCACGCUGUCGGCCAUGCAGGAGAAGGCUCAACAUCUGGAGUACAACCUGAGCGCCGAGACUCGCAUCAAACUGGACCUGUUCUCGGCUCUGGGCGACGCCCGCCGGCAGCUGGAGAUCGCUCAAGAUAAAGCGAUGAGGCAGGACCGGGAGAUCAAGGAGAUGAAGCAGAAGAUCGCGGAGGUGAUGGCCGUCAGUCCCGCCGUGUCCUACAUGGCGCCUCGGCCUCCGGUGCCGCAGUAUCUCACCAAGUUACUCAGCUCUGAGCGCUACAUGCUGAAUCCACGAGCGCUGAUGUACCAGUGUCUGAAGAAGUGAAGGAGGCCGUCGGACCCCCGGAUCAUAAGACGUUAGGGAAAGGGGCUCGUGGAUUUGUAUUACGGAGCUGAAUGACACCGUGUCGUCGCCUCCUUUCCGCCAUGGACCAGAACGCACCACAACACAAGUCGAAUGCCUUUUGCUGCACUGAUGGUGCUAACUUUACAUCGGGUGGAAGUGUUUCACUCCAAAAUAUGAAAUCUGAUAUGCAGAGCUGCUGUAGGCACAUGUUUUAUGUCAAGGAACAGCAUGAACCAUCAAGUUGGGAUGCAACAGAGAAAAGCACAACACGUAUUCACAUUCAGACCCUGAAGGUUUUAAUCUAAGUGAUGAUUUCUGGAUAGAUGAGUUCAGAUGUACAAGUGGAUGAAUCGUGCUGCCCUGCAGACCCCCCCCGUCUAACUCUGUACAAUAUAUUUUCUUGGCAUGACAGUAGAACGUCACACGUUGUUUAUGUUGUUGUCAAAGGUAUUAUACUUACCAAGUUUCCAAACUUUAGGGACUACAAUAGCCUUUAGUUUAAUUCUACUGAAUGAUUUUGUUCUGGAGGAAUAUUGACACAAAUAUUUUAACAUGGGAUACUUUUUUUAAAUCUACUUUAUCCCUUUGAGUCAAAUGAUCUUUAGUAAUAAUUGGAAUGAAAAUAGGUAUGUAAGCUAAUUUCUGGCAUGAUAAAAAAAGAAAGAUCCUCCAUGUCUCUAAAUAAUGAAAAGUAUCUCAGAACGAGGGCAAUUAGAUAUAACUUUAUUUAAAAAGAAAAUAACAUUUCUUAAAGUGUUCUACAUGCUUACAUCAUGUUCAUGCUUGUUGAACUUGUGUCAAUUACACCAACACGUUUGAAAGUAAUGGUUCAAAAAAAGAACUGUUUGUGUAGAAGCUCAUCAAUAAUCCAGUGUUAUUAAUAGUUUAUUACUGGUGCCAUACCCUUCCCUACACAAUGAUCUUAUUUUAAACAUCUGAUAUUGUGCAGCCCUCGUUAUGACUUACAGGAUUGUUUUUUCAGGCCAGGUUGGAUCAUUAUUCUCUCUUACAGCCAGGAAUGGUUUUCCAUAAAUGAGCCUUGGACUUCGUCAUAAAUUCAGAAUGAUGUCAUCGUAUAGCGACGAGUCAAAAUAUCUUUUGUGAAAAAUCGCCCUUAAAUUAUUCCGAUAGUUUCUGAUCAUGCAGCGACAGAUUUAGGUGAAACUGAUUCAGCAUCCACGAACGCACCGUUCAAAACUAUUCAAUCUCCAUAUGAACACAGAGAGAUGAAAAUACUGAAUCAACCCCAGUUGUGUUUAUGACCUCCUUUUUAAUUUCGGGGAUAAAAUAGUCCUUUAUUUGAUCAAAUACAAACAAGGUCGACACAAUAGUCUAUUUACAAAGAUAAAACAAUAAGACAUCAAUAUAAAUAUUACCCAACAACAUAAAAGAAAAUGCUAAAUAAGGAAAGUAUGCCUGUGCCUGUAAAUAAUGGAUUACGAUUAUUUGAAUUGUGCUGAAAUUAAUAUCAAAUUAACGGUUUAAAAUGUGUUCAGAGUUGCAGACGUGGAGGUGAGGCGGGUUGUUGUCGUGUGAGGUUUCCUGGCAGCGAACAAGGUGCCGUGUAAUAGUCGGAGUGGGAAGAAGCGGUAAAACAGAAGCUCACACUUUGGCCCACAGCGGCAAACAGCUGGAAAAGAGAGCGAGCGGGACAAAGAUGAACCGAGUGGUUCGUUUGCCAGAGCGAGACUUCAUUUUUGAGUUAAAGCGGAUUUGUGAAUAACAAAGAAUGGUGUUGACCAAACAUGGUUCAUGAAUUUAAUUAUUGUGCCUAAAUGCAUUACUUUCAAACUGGGAGGUAAAACACAGAUUUAAUGUGAAAGAGUAAUGUGUUUGAAUUGAAGUGCUAUGUACUGUUUUUGUAGAUUGUUUUCUUUGUUUUUACCCACAUUGUACAGAAUUCAAAAGACCCACGCAGCUGAAAAACACUCAUGAACUGGAUGUCGCCAUUUUGGUAGCUUUUUAUUUAGAGCGUGUUUCUAGGGUGUUUUAUAUCAAAAAUAUUUUUUAGUCUUGCUGUACCUUUUAUUAUACUGCUGUAAUUUUGUACAGCAAUGUGUUUGUCGGCAUGAAAUGUGUUUUAUUCAACCGUUAUUCGAGCACACAUUGUGACUUUAAGUAUGUACAUGGACUUACUUGUACAAGGGCUACAGUUUCUUAACAUUUUGAACAAAUGAAAUGAAAUCGAACAGUGACGCUCGGAGGGGAGGGGUCACGCUCCUGAUACACCAGGAUGGGGUUUUUGUAUAAAUAAUUUAAACAAUUGAA